AUGAACGGAGACACGAAACAACUAUUUGCUUUAAUAAAGAGGAUAAAUCUAAAGCUACCAUGUAAUAGUGGCAAAAAACUAGAAGUUUUAGAAACCGAUCCUCUUAUCUUGCAAACCGUAAAUUCCAUAGUUGACUUAUCGAGAUAUAGACUAAGCACUAUCGCUGAUAAUUUGACGCAAUUAUUAGAAACCAUAUCAAGGCCUUCGUCGAUGGUGCUGGAAGAUUAUGUUCCCUUUGAUAUUCUUCAAUCACAAUUAUUCAUCCUAAAAAUUCUUUCCGCAUGUGUAACAAAUCACUGGAAACACUAUCGAGGAUCGCAAAAAGAGUUGGAAUCAAAAGUUUUAUACAAUAAUAACGUUGCCAUUAACCAAAAUAAUAUUGAAAACGAUCAAAACCUUAACAAUAAAAACGACGCAAGCAUCAAAAAUAUCGAUAGUCAUGAGAAUGGGAUAAAUUCGCUUCCUGCAAGAUCACAACUUAAACUACCAAAAUCAUGGGAUGAUCCUCCACCGUUAGAUGAUUCGUUAGCAAAAUACAUAUUAAGUGUGCUAUCCCGAUUCUUACAUCAAUUCUCUACUCAAGAAGAAAAUAAUCCUAAUGUGCCGAAUAAUAACGGCCAACAAAAUAAUCCCAAUGUCCAAUGGUCACCUGCAACCUAUGAUAUAGUAUGCGAAAUUUUUAAGAAUGCGGGUCGCGUGAUAUUUUAUAUAAGCGCUUCAAAUUGGAAUGUGGUGUUUUCUCGAAUUAAAAGUCGGAUAGGAAAUUUAACUUCGACAAAUGACGAUAGUCCUGAAACUGCCGAGUUGAAGUUGUUGGAAUGUUCGGAUUUAAAUUCCAAACGGUUGUCUAUGGUCUUGUCAGAACUCUGUGUCUCGUUUAUUCAACUUAAAAAAUCCGCACAAAUAACGAUGGCCAUUGUUUUACGCAAAGCCAUUUGGAAUUGGAUCGAAGUGUUCCCUGCAGAGUUUGUCGCCCUAUGUCAAAGUCAAAAACGUUUGGAGGGUACUCCUGAGGUUUUAUUUGACAUAUGCCAUGGGCUAUCUGAUAACAAUCGAAAGAAGGCAGUUUUUUGGCCUCUGCAAACCAUGUUGUUGAUUCUGUGUCCAGAUAUAUUAUUAAAUGCUUCGAUGGCCGAACGGACUUCGUCAUCAAUGAAUAAAAAGGUUAUAUUUCUUGAUUCAUUAAGGAACUCGUUAAAGCGCACGAAAUUAGCUAAUGUGGCAGCAGUGUGUUAUGUGGAUAUCUGCAAAGCAUCAACAUAUGUCUCCAAUAGUGACUCUGCAUUGAGGUUGAUUGUUCCGGAGAUUGAGAACGAUCUGCGGGAAAAACUAUUUGACCCUUUGCAUCCAUUUUUCAACGAUCAACAAAUCGAUCAACGCUUGAUGACCGAGUGCCUGACGGCAUUGUUUCGAUUGAACAAGGACACCUUACACUCAAUGAUUCCUAUAUGUUUAUCUGAUGCUGCUCCGAGCGUAUUCAAAUUAGUGUUGGUGAAAAGUUGCUACGCUAUUGCGUCUGAGGAAAACGUGUUUCCCUGGACACCUCAUUUUCAUUCAAUGUAUCCAAUCCUUGCCACACCCCUACGAAAACUAUUUCACCUAUACAUAAACAAUCGGGAUAGAGCAUUAGAUGGACCCAAGAAGAAGGUGCAGCGUGAAGAGCUGAUGAGUGAGAAAAUGGAGAUAAUAUUGAAUAUAUUGAAGUUGUAUAAAACGGACCCGUUAUUGGCUCUUGUUCACUGCGAUCCUAACGAAAAUCCCGAAGAGAUUCGCACAGUAAUUUACGGAAUGACUUUAUGUGUGAAUGAUUACAAUAGUGUGAUACGCACUACGGCAGCUGAGACGUUAUUGGAAUUGCAUAACAUGGAGUUAAUUAAGCAAUGGGGACCGCCAGAAAAGAUGAUGAGAAGCUUUUGGUCAACUAGUUCUCAAGUGAUGUUGGCGAUCGCAAGGCAAAUUUUGGAUUUUAAGGAACGCGAAGAAGGAACAAAAUAUUUACUAGAUCUGUUGCUUCAAUUGUUUAUACGAAGGAACGAAUUUCUUAAAGCUCACAAGGAGGAAUCGAAUGUCGGAAUAAACACUCCGGAACGACUUGGUUGUAACAUCGUAUUAGAAAUUGCCCUAUUGGUUUUACUCUGUUCCGCUGACACCGACAUAUGCACAAUGGCGACCAAUUGCUUUGGUCAGUUAUGCAUUGAAGCUCAACUGACUUCUGAAUUAAUUGCUGACGUGGAUAUACAUGCUGCGCCACCUUCGGAGUUGCCGAUCGUAGAGAACUUGGAUGUGUAUUCCGAGUUAUCCGAGCCUCACAUUGUUCCUGGUCGAAUGGCACAGCAAAAACGCAUUCGAAAACUACUGCGUCGGAUGAAAGUGUCCACACCUGGUAAUUUGGCAGCUUGGGAAGAAGCAUAUAAACGAUGGCGAACGCUAAAGGGCCUAAUUGCAAGAGCAGGAAACGCGAAAGUCAAUUCCACAGAUCCAAAUAUAAAUGCUCAACAAACAGAAUGGCAUAACUAUACUGGAUUUCUUUCUUCUUUGGGAGGCUGUUGUGUAAGUGAGAGGCAGAUUGUCAAUCCUGCUAAUGGAGUUGAGGGAACACAAGGAUCGAAUUAUCUCAUGGUGGAAAAAUAUAUUAUAGAAAUGGUUGAUCUGCUUGUGUGCGAAUCGCAGUUCGCUCGUGAAAGUGUCCGAGAAACCCUGGGGUCUGAACUGAGCCCAAGAUUAUAUGUCAUACUAUUCCGACAUCUUGAAUCGAUAGUUGAAAGAUUUUUUGAUGCUGAUGGCGAAGUGAUUUUUAACGACCGUUAUACGCUAUUCGUUGACCAAGCUAUAACAGUAUUGAAGCUUAUACUGGAUCGAAUUCAAGAUUCAGCAGAGGAAUUGUGCCCUGUAGACUUGGGUGGUUUAGUUUUGUCAUUUGCAAGAUAUUUAAAUCGAUUAGGGCCCGCGAAUGCGGCAUUGCGCAUAAAGAAAAAGAUGUGUCAAUUGGCUGAAGUUCUCAUGACGAAAAAAGAUUAUGUUCCUCUUCGUCAGGAAAUUAUUUUACGGAAUCGGUUGUUGGAAAUAUUCAUUGAGUGGACUUCUGAUUUUACUAUGAAAACGGAUGCACAAGGAAAUAGCGAAAAUUCUUCGAACAGGAGUGAACGAAUGUAUCGAGAGUUAGAUCAAGUGUGCCUAAAGACCAUCGUGUCGUUAUUAUCGCAGCUACCACUUCAACCAUCAGAGACUGUACACGAAGCAGAAUUGAGUGGGAUAAAGUCGAGAUUGUUCUACAAGUAUUUUUCAUUCUUUAUAAAAUUAUUGAACCGGUGUAGGAUUUUGGAAGCAAUUGAUAGUGGGACACACUCAGCGAAAAACAACCAGGAUCUGCAGAUGCUGUUGUCAAAGUCGAAAGAAUACGUCAAAGAUUUGGGUCCAUUGAAAGAUUAUACAAUAUUGGCGCUUAGUAACUUACUAAGCGCAAAUAUUGAUUCAGGAUUAAAAUAUUCAUUGUCGAUGGGCUAUCAUGAGGACACGAAGACACGCACUGCAUUCAUGCAAGUGCUCACCAAUAUCCUGAAUCAGGGCACCGAGUUUGAGGGAUUAGCAGAGAAUGCAAUGAAUGACAGAUAUGAUAAGUUGGUAGAGCUUGUGACAGAAUCAGAAUUAUGUAUAGCACUUUCAUUAUGUGAAGUGUGCCCGGUAUCUGAUAUCGAUGAGGUAGCAAAAACUCUGUUUGCAGUAUUCGAUUCGCGCAAUAAGGCGAUGCCACUAUUAAAAGCUAUUAUCGAAAAAGAAGUUUCGAACACGGAACAUGAAUCCGACUUAUUCCGGCGGAAUUGUAUGGCCACCCGAAUGCUUGCAGCAUUUGUCAAGGUGUAUGGAACCGAGUAUCUUCGUGACACGCUACAACCUUUGAUUCAUGAUCUUUUGUCGAAACCUGAUGAUUUUAGUUGUGAAUUGAAUCGCGAUAAUCUUGGUCCGGACGAAGAUAUUGAGAAAAAUUUGAAAAAUUUGAAAAAUACCGCGCAGGCGUUUCUUGAUGGAAUCUGCAAUUCUGGAAGGAUCAUGCCUACCCUGUAUAGGUAUGUCUGUCACUACAUAGGGAAUUCGGUAGAAGAAAAAUAUCCGCGAGCGAAAUCUACUACCGUUGGUGCUUUUGUAUUUCUACGAUUCUUCAAUCCUACGAUCGUAUCACCGGAUAGUGAAAACCUCUGUAAACCCAUUGAAAAUCAGAGGAUCAAACGAGCUCUAUUAUUAAUAACUAAAGUUAUACAGAAUUUGGCGAAUAAUAUAUUGUUUGGUGCCAAGGAACCGUAUAUGAUCGUGUUAAAUGAUUUCUUAGAUGCCAAUAUUGUGAAAGUGACAGCAUUCUUGGAGGAAAUUUCUAAAUCACAAAAUCUUCCACCAUUGUCUGAGAUAGGUGAACAAUCGAAUAUCCGUAGACUAGAUGAUAUAGACCGUAAGGCACUCCACAAACAUUUGAGCAAAAAUCAAGAAAAAAUAACAAAGGAGCUGCAGGCACACCGAGUGAAGUCUAUGAGUUCCGGAAGUCUCACAAAUACAAUGUCAGAAAAAUUUAAAGCGAACAAGAAGUCAUGGGACAAAAUAUCAACAUUGUUAGCACAACUCGGUACAUUUACUGAAAGUCCCAAAAAAGAUUUCUUGAUCAUUAAUAGUCGUCAAUCUGGGACCAGUCAUCAUUUGUUUGAGGAAUUCAUGCGACAAAACGCGACUCGUAACGUUGAAAGUAUCAUUUCAAAGGGUGUAUUCUACGAGGGUGGGGUUUCGAAAGAGAAACGACCAGUGUUUUAUUUGAUACUGCGAAGACUUGAGGCAGAAUCUACGGACAUGGAACUAUUGAUGUAUCACGUGCUCAACACGAUUGAAGCACACAUGAGUAAACCCUACGAAUUACUGGUUGAUCUUACGCAGUUUAGUCAAGCCAACGAGAUACAAUCACAGUGGAUUCACCAAUUCCUCCAAAUACUUCCAUUUGACGUAGUAGAUAAUUUGUCUGCAUUGUAUUUUUAUAAUGCCAACACGGCGUUCAAGAAAUUCAUUAAGAAAUUGGCACGACCAUUACCCAAUAAAAUCAUAAGGAAGACAUACUUCUUUUUAAAUAUGACAGAGUUAUACGAAUUCAUAUCUCCCUCUGAGCUGCGAUUACCAAAGAAAACUGUUUCUCUCGACGCUGAUGCAUUCGUUGUCUACUCGCCAGUGACAAAAAUAUCGCAUUAUCGAAUGCAGAUUCCAGUCACCAUGAAAAUAAGUCAUGAAGCAGUUCAAGUCAUAACGACUAAGAAACAGGAAAUAUUUAACGGACUGAGUUGCCAACUGAAUGAUGUUUAUCAUAUAUCGGAAAUUGAAGAUAUUUUGCUCUCGCCACACAAAAACGACGAUAACGAAUUCAUUAUUAAGCAGGAUCGUGGUCGUUCAUCGUUCGCGUUUAGUAGUCCAAAAAAAGAAUCAAUUAUGCAGGCAAUUCGAACAUCAAAGGCACGGUAUCAAAUAGCGAAACCAACCAACAUUACUGAACGAGUUAUUCGACCUAAUGACGUGCCGGGAACGCUAUUGAAUAUGGCAUUAUUGAAUAUAGGAAGUGAAGAUCCAAAUCUCCGAUUGGCAGCCUAUAAUCUUUUGGUGGCAUUGAGUUUGAUAUUUAACUUUGACGUGGGAAAUCAACUAUUAGGGGCCAAAGGAUUGUGUAUACCGGCCAAUAAUACUACAUUCGUUGUUGGAUUAAGUGAACGUCUUGCACAAUCAGAGCCACAUCUUACGCCUGAUUUCUUGAUGGAAUUCUUCGUAGGGUUUAACAAGUCUAGUACCCAAUUGAAACAUCUUUGUCUUCAAUAUAUGGCCCCGUGGUUAUUUAAUCUCGCUCAUUUCUGUCGAAAUGGAGCCGAAAAUCAACAAACUAUCACAAGGACACGUGAUAUAAUUAGGAACUUGAUAGAAUUGACCACCAAGGAAACCGAGAUGUAUGCUGCAAUCCAGUCCAAAGUGUGGAGCACGCUAGGAAAAGUUGAUGAAAUUACCAAUCUGAUAAUAGAUGAAUUUGUACAAUAUGCAGUGCGUCAUGGUAUAAGUUCGGUACAAUCAGAGACUGUAGCUAACACGAUUGUCACGCUGUCAUCUGUCAACAUUCGGGGAAAGAUUAUUGCAAAACUACGAAAAGUAAUAUCAAGGACAUCACAAAAGCCUACCAAGACUCUUACUGACAAUCCUGCUUGGUCAGAGAUUGCAGUGCUUGUACGGUUUAAUCUUAUGCUGUCAUUUAAUAAUAGAAAUGUUCAUCUCUAUUUGCCCGAAUUGUUUUAUGUAAUCUCUCUACUUGUGGCAACCGGUCCACCACUGAUUCGAUCGUCCAUCCACGGAUUAAUCGUUAACUUGGUUCAAUCUUUGUGUACCUCAAUGCCAUUGAGUGAGUCAAGCUUUAAACGACUGAACCUAUUGUUAACUGAAUUAUCGGAACCAAACUUUCGAUACUUCUUUGGAUUAAAUAAGGUUCCAGGAAAUGCAUUCGCCAUAUCUCCUGAGUCAACAGUUGACCUACAUGAUAUUAUGCCGCUUGCUUCACUGGAAAAGAUUGUUCAUGCAUUACUCGAAGUUAUGGUUUGUGGCGCCGGGUCCGUUGAUAUGUCGAACACGUGGAGAGCUCGAUGGAUGGGCCUGGUGGCCAGUACAGCAUUUCAGUACAAUCCAGCAAUACAACCUAGGGCAUUUGUGACGUUGGGAUGUCUGGCUCGGGAAGAAGUUGACGACGAUCUCUUGUAUCAAAUUUUGGUAGCAUUGACUGGGGCGCUUUCAUGUUUCACUGAAAAUGAUUGUUCUUUAAUAAUAAGCAUUGUGAUGUGCUUAACAAACAUAGUUGAAAACCUGCCAUCUGAUUGCCGGUACCUGCAGCAAAUGUUUUGGCUGGCCAUGUCCUUGGUGCAAAUAGGACAUGUUCCCCUAUUCCCCAGUGCUAUUAAUUUACUUCAUGUAAUGCUGAAAGCUCUGGAUUCCAAUGGCUUCUUUGCUGAAGAAGAUAUGGCCACUGUAUUGUUGAAAGCGCGAGUACCAUUAGAGGAUAUUGCCAUAAAGAUGGAUAAAGAAGCUGGGGUCAAUUACGAGCAUUUUUCAUUCGCAGUGACGGUAAUUUUGCUCAAGGGACUAAAGAAUCCAGUAACAAAAGCCGGCACGCAAGCUGUAUUAAUGGCAUUUUUGGAUAUUGCCGCAAAGAGAGUACAACAAAGCGAUAAAUCCAGUAACAUUAUACAUUCCAGCAUGCUAGGAUAUUUGGCGGCGUUAUUGCCAGCAUCUGCAAAAAAUGCUGACAUGAAAGAACUAUUAUGGCAAUGUGGCAUAACAGACAUUGAAAUUGAUAAUUCCGAAUUGGGCACCACUUAUUACAAAAUAUUUGAAAAACUUGAAAUGCCCGAUAAUCAAACUGCACUUUUAUUGAUAUCGCUUAUGGUUGCUAUUUUGCAAACUGCUGAACAUGAAACCGAACGUUUGUUCCUUUACGGGUUCCUGUCCGAAGCAGCUGUGUCAUUGCCUGAAGUUUUUGCUUUAGCUUAUGAUAGCUUACUACCGAAGAUGAUUCAGAUUAUCAACAAUAGCGAAUCUAUACAGAUCCUCGAUUCCGUCCAAUCAAUACUUUACACCAUUGUCUCGUCAGAAUCCACCAAUAAAAGCAAAAUACCCACCAGCAUUUCCAAAAAUCAACUAUCAUCAUAUCUUGAAGAUAUAGGUUUCACUCAUUUAAUGGAUUGUGGGUCAUUCUCAACAGUGACAAAAGAAAAAAUGAAAAUCAAUGCUACUUAUGCUAGCAAAUUGGUGGAUAAAAUAACAAGUGGUAGAGGAUAA